UUACCAUCUAUGAGUAGGCGAACCCGGAAGAUAAAUAAUUGUCAAUUUUACCGGGAGGUUGAAGCUCUGGGUAAAUCGCUACCCGGCAGAUAACUAUAUAAUCUGUGCGCCACAUCGUAGCGCGUUUAUUGCAGUGUGUUUGUGUUCAUUUGCAAAAACGUGGUGCACGGACUGUAAUUUUCUUCACUCGUUUAUCGAAAUGGCCGAAGCAGGUGUCGUCGAUGUCGUCAAUAAUGUUGGUGAGAUUUUUGGAGACGAUGACGAUGAAGAGAUCAUUGAAGUAAUCAAUGCUUUAGCAAGAGGUCCACGUAAUUUUAGAGAAAGACCAGACCAUUUGAACCAAUGGAACGAUAAAGAGUUUUCAGCGAGAUUCAGGCUAAGUAAAGAUACAGUUCUGCACUUGUUGGAAGAGCUUGAACCACUGAUUAGAUCGCGAACAGACAGAAAUCAUGCAGUCUCGCCACUGAACAAACUGUUGCUGACACUGCGAUUUUAUGCCCUGGGAACAAUGCUAUCCAGUGUUGGCGAUUUCGUAGGUGUCAGUAAAGCAACAGCUUCUAGAAUAAUUAAAGAAGUGACUUUUGGAAUUGCUUCAUUGAGACCUGUAUAUAUUAGGAUGCCAUCGACUGUGCAAGAAAUAAGAAAUGCUCAGACAAAUUUCUACGAAAUGGCCCAGUUUCCAAAAGUAAUUGGUGCUAUUGAUUGCACACAUGUAAGACUUCAGUCCCCAGGUGGUCAAAAUGCUGAGUACUUCAGGAAUAGGAAAGGGUAUUUUUCCUUAAAUGUUCAGACGGUGUCAGAUGCCCACCUGAAAAUCUGUGACAUUGUUGCUCGUUGGCCAGGUGCAACACAUGAUCAGACAGUUUUCAAUAAUUCAAACCUCUGCCAUCAGUUUGAGAAUGGAAACUUUCGCAGUGGAAUUCUGCUUGGAGACAGUGGUUAUGAAAAUAGGGUUUAUUUGUUGACACCUCUUCUUCAUCCAGAAACUCCUGCAGAAAACAGGUACAAUGAAGCACACAUUCGUACACGUAAUGUUGUUGAAAGACAAUAUGGUGUUUUGAAGCGAAGGUUUCCCAUUUUAAGUUUGGGGAUGAGGUUGUCUUUGCCAGUUGCCCAAGCUGUUGUUGUGGCUGUAGCUAUUCUGCACAACAUUGCAUUGGAUGCCGCAGAAGAGCAGCCACCAGACGACCCUGAUCUUGUACAGCAAGUUCCACAAGACCAUCAGUGGAAUGAUGAAGCGGCAGUCAUGGCUGGCAAUGACAUAUUGCGCAGAAAUUUGAUAAAUAAUUUUUUUUAAAAUUUACGUUAAUAUAAGUUGCUGGCAAAUGUUAAAAGCAAGUAGGCCUAUGAUUCAAAAAAAUAAUUUGUGGUUGUUAAUGUAUAUGAUGAAUGUGUAAGAUAAAGAUGCAUGAGAAUAAAAAAAAUUGGUCAAGAUAAUUCAGUAUAGUGUGUACUCAUAUUGUUUCAGGUGCCUUUGUAAGGAGUGAUUUUAAGUUUCUUGUGCCACUAAUAAGUACUUUCUGCAGGAAUAAAAAUACUACCAAUUACAGCAAUAGUUAAAGAUAUAUUUUUUAAUAUAAAUGUAAUUUGUACUGGAGACAAAAUAUUUGUGCAUCAAUUUU